AUGAUGAAUGGCGUUGCGAUGUUCCAAGAACAAGUUACUUUUGCGAAAUCAAAUCCUUUGCCUCCAAGAUCAUCCUUCAGUGUUACUGCACGCAGAUUUGUUAUUAGAGCAGAUCAUAUUUGCGCAUAUAUGCAAUCUUGGGUUGGCUUCAAAAAUCAUAAAUAUUUUAUUCAAACUACACUUUGGUCAGCAAUCUACUCUCUUUUAUACAUGGUUGGCCAAAUCCCAAUAAUUUACGAAGGAAUUAAGCUAAUAAUCCAAAAGAAAAAGGUUACAGUACAGAUAAUAAUGUCAUUAGUUAUUUUCCUGACAGUUUUAUUUGCAGCUUAUAUUGCUUUAAUUUCAUUGAGACAUUUUACUGUUGCUAUGAUUAAUCUCAGCCAUAAUGAAACAAUUACAGAAAGAUACAACAAAAAACCUCAAAUUUACGACAGAGGAUCAGCCUGUAAGAACUGUGAAGAGAUCUGCGGAAGUAGGUGGCUAUUCAUUACAUGGAUUUUCCCUUGUUUCUGCUGUUAUUAUCCAAAAAUGCCGAAAUGGGAUGAUGAACACGAUACUGGCGUUAUUGACAACAAUCCUCGUGAAGACAUUGUUUAA